GUCAAUGUUCAGUCGUGUUUCGUUGUUGAAUAUUAUCGGUUGCGUUUGACGCUUCGAUAUUUCAAUAAAGUGGUAAAUAAAACGUCUACGUCGUUUCAUUCUGGCAAACAUAGUAUACCAUGUUCAUGUAUAAAAAGAAUCUGGCUAAUGCUUCCAGGUAUCUAACUAAAUACUUAAAACUCAGUGUGCGACAGGUGUUGUACUACUGUUAGAACAUAUUAUAUGUGUUAUAUGUACAUAUAUACAUUCUGAAAAACGGCAGCGAUGCAUAUUUGAUCGUGAAUGUGUUUUAUAAAUAAAUUUCAAGAAAUAUAUUAGAAAGAUUCAUUAAAACAUAAACAGUCUGUGUGUGAUUAAAUAAUUUAAUAAAGAGCAAGAGGUGAUUGAUGUCAGUGUUGCUUAUUUAACUACUUAUUACUAAUACAUACAUAUGUAUAAAAAGCUUACAUUCGAGAUUUCCAAGAAAAAUUAAUUAAAUAGUAAAACAAAUUAUGAAAAUUAUACAAAUACGAUCGAGUCAUUUAAUAAAGUGAAUUAAAACUGAUUUAACCUAGAAGUGUCGGCAGUAACUCAACAUCAACAGCAGUCAUCAAGCUUUCGGUACAUUUUUGAGACUUAAUGGAAAUUAUCUCAAAUAAAGUUAUCUACAUAAUACAUAAACAAUCACAGUUGAAAAUUGCUUUGAAUUGUAUUUUGAGUGGUUUUUGUGAGAAAAAGAAAACACGGAAAUAUCUUAGAAUUUAAGGCAUAUCUACAUACGUAUAUACGGAUGCAAAGAAGGCAGAUGUUCUAGAAAAGCUUUAAACGGGUCAUGAGACAAACUCAAAUAAAUACAAGUACUACACACAUUUGUUCCAUUAUUAAUUGCUCUAGCUAAUGAAAUUUCCAUAAAGCUGUCAAAAUGACGUAGUACUGUGUGUCCGAUAAAUAAUCGUAAAAUUAUGCCAAUUUGGAUCGAUUCUGAAUAAUAAUAACUAUACAAUAUUGUCCGAAUGAGACUGUGAUAGUGGUAAUAAAAUAUACUUGAGACUGCAAUUGCAAAUAACAGCAGCAACAAAAUGCAGUCGGAGCGAAAACAGCAAAUUGCACUUGUUGCCUCCAUUUCUCUGAUAUUUAUGCUCAAUUUGUUGCUGACGACAGCAGCGGCCAAAGAGAAUAUACCAACCGCGAGCAUAUACGCAAAUGAUGAUUUGCGAGAUGAAUAUAAAACAUAUGAGCAAUAUAGCCAACAAAAUCGGAAACAUCAGCACCAUCAACAGCAGCGGAGACAGCAGCACAAGCAUCGCCGACAUGAGUUGCAUGAACGCGAAAAACGUGAAGGUAGCCAGUUGGAGCAGACAUAUGAUGGACCAGACAGGUCGAAUCAGCAUCGUACACAUCAACACCAGCAGCAACAGCAUACGCAGCCUCAUCAUCAACAACAGCAGCACUCUCGUCAACAUCGUCAGCAUCGCGGCCACACACAAAAUCCCGCAGUUGGUGGAUAUGCUGCAAGUUACCUCAGCGGUAGCGGUAAUUAUCCUGCGUCGUUCUCAUCCGAUGCUUCGUCCUCUGCGUACUACAAACGCUACUCACGUGACUCACGUGAUUCGUCGGCUUUUCCGGCACGUGAGCGUAAGCCAAAUAUUAUUCUAAUACUCACCGAUGACCAGGACGUCGAGUUGGGUUCUUUGAAUUUUAUGCCGCGUACACUACGUUGGUUACGAGAUGGCGGCACUGAGUUCCGGCACGCUUACACCACUACGCCAAUGUGCUGUCCGGCGCGGUCAUCAUUGCUAACCGGCAUGUACGUGCAUAAUCACAUGGUCUUCACCAACAACGACAACUGCUCGAGCCCACAAUGGCAGGCCACGCACGAAACUCGCUCCUUCGCCACAUAUCUCUCGAAUGCGGGCUAUCGCACUGGGUACUUUGGCAAGUAUCUGAACAAGUACAACGGAUCGUACAUCCCACCAGGUUGGCGGGAAUGGGGUGGUCUCAUUAUGAACUCGAAAUAUUAUAAUUACAGCAUCAAUAUGAAUGGGCAGAAGAUCAAGCAUGGAUUCGAGUAUUCAAAGGACUAUUAUCCAGAUUUGAUAGCAAAUGACUCAAUCGCAUUUUUACGAUCAUCGAAACAGCAAAACCAAAGAAAACCUGUGAUGUUGACUAUGAGUUUCCCAGCGCCGCAUGGUCCCGAAGACUCAGCGCCACAGUAUAGUCAUCUCUUCUUCAAUGUAACGACACAUCACACACCAUCUUAUGACCACGCGCCCAAUCCAGACAAACAAUGGAUACUGCGCGUUACUCAACCGAUGGAACCAGUUCAUAAACGCUUCACGAAUCUAUUGAUGACAAAGCGACUACAAACUUUACAGAGUGUAGAUGUUGCUGUUGAACGUGUCUGCAAUGAGCUUAAAGCUUUAGGUGAACUUGAUAAUACAUAUAUUAUCUAUACAUCCGACCAUGGCUAUCAUUUGGGUCAGUUCGGAUUGAUAAAGGGCAAAAGCUUCCCAUUCGAGUUUGACGUACGUGUACCUUUCCUAAUACGAGGACCAGGUAUACAGCCAGCAAGAGUUGUGGACGAAGUCGUCUUGAAUGUCGACUUAGCCCCCACUUUCUUAGAUAUUGGUGGUGUUUCAACGCCCCAGCAUAUGGAUGGACGCAGCAUCUUACCACUAUUAUUCAGUCGGCAGCGUAAUGUACGCGAACAGUGGCCAGAUACAUUUUUAAUUGAGAGUUCCGGGCGGCGUGAGACACCCGAACAAAUCGCAGAAUCUCGUUUACGGCUGCAAGCCGAUCGGCAAAAUAUGCGACUAGCGAAUAGUACUUUUAUAAACGAGUCACCGUUCAAUGACAAUACAACAGCAAGCUCGUUAAUAGAUCUUAUAGAUUUGGAAUCACGUGAAGAGCCCGAAUUCGAAGAAGACGUGGAUUCAGAAACUGCAAGAGAAGGGAGAAUGGGCACGGAAAUAAAAGAUGAUGCUGAAGAUGAUUUGGACACAGAUACUGAGGAUGAUGUUUCUUCAGGUGUUUUAGAUGAAGAUAUAGAAGAUGAUGCAGAAGAGGAAACAACACAGGAAGAAGGUUUAGAGCAGGAACAGCAGGAUCAGUUCGAUAAUAAUCUACCAAUGGCGCCAUAUAUGACGAAAAUGAUGCGCUUGAAUUCCGAAUGCUCUGAUCCGGCCUUGUUGGAAAAUUGUCGCCCGGGACAGAAGUGGAAAUGUGUAAAUGAGGAUGGUCGCUGGCGGAAACACAAGUGUAAAUUUCAUUUACAGCUUCAGCAUCAUCUCGAAGAAAUAUCUAAAUUUUCAAAGAAGGACACUAAACGCAAUUGUGCUUGCUUUACUCCCGAAGGUGUUGUUUAUACGAAAAUCAAAACGAACCGUAAUUAUUUCGAAGGCGAUCGUAUUCGAAAAAGAACUCAAAAUCAGUCAAAAUUUUCACGCCGUAACAAACGCUCAUUAGAUGUACACUCCGAUUUGAAUGAAGUGUUCCAUACAGAGCUGCCAUACGAGAUGGAAGAAUUGCUCGAUUUACAAGACACACUUUCGACUGUGGAAGAGCAUUUGACGAAAUCGAAGCGUAUCAAACGGGAGUUGAUGUCCAGUUUCUUCGAAACACCUUCUUCGGUCAGUGGCGCCGUAAAUGGUGGUGAAGGUGGAAAAGUGGGUCACAACUCAUCGAACGAUGCGAUCUCCAAAGUUAUACAGGAAAUACAAAACACACUCGAAACACUGGAAUUGAAAUUUAUCGCGCCGAAUGACUCACAGCAACCUAAUUCUACAACUACAUUGUCGGCAUCUGGCUUCGUACGCAGUGGUAAGUUUCCCAAGGUGGGGGGUCGUGUUGGCACACGUUGUUACAUUGAGUCGCAAACGGGUAAGGUCAACUGCUCCGAUGUUAUUUACGAUGACGAAAAGACGUGGCGUAAGUCUCGUAAUCAAAUUGAUAUGCUAAUCAAAGUGCUCAAGGACAAAAUAACACAUCUGAAGGAUAUUAAGAAGCAGAUGCGCGAGAACAAGCAACAACAACAGGGCCAGCAGCAACAGCAACAAUUGCACUACAAUUCAGGAAGGUAUUGGGACAGAGACUAUGUGCCACGCACAAGUGGUAGUAGUGUGAACAGACAUAGAGUAGAAGAUCAAGAGCAUGGUGAGGAGCUGCCUUACAAUAUAUCAGAUUACUUGGGGCGAAGGCAGAAAGCACGUCGUCGCAAUGGUGGCGGUGGUGGUGGUGGUGUUCACAAUAACAAUUUUGUGUAUCAGCGUGGUGGCUUCAAUCACCGUACAUACCAGCGACAACAUUUGCCUGUCGGCAGUAGCCGACGACGCUUCGAUAAACCAUUAGAAGGACGCGAAUUCGAUAUGAAUUAUUUUGCACAAGAACAAAUUGGUGUGGCAAAUACAUACAGCAAUGAUAUAAACAGUGAUAAUGGAAGUGGAGGUGGCACGAAUGGCUAUAGUAGUAAGAAUCCUUUUGGCAAAAGUCGCUUUCAGGGUCGCAAUAACAGUCAAAAUGGCGGUCACACACAAACACAGCGACGACGUCGCCCUCAAACACCAAAUGUAACGGUACCGCAAACAGUGCACACAUCAUCGACAUCAUCGUCGACCACGCGACCAACAACCAUGCGAACAAUGAACGGCAUGCGAACUACAACCACCACCACUCGAAUGUUGACAACCAAAGACCGAGAUUCAAUUGUGAACACUACAGCAAUUAAUUCCAAAACAGCCAUAAAUGAUGUUGCCACAACAACAUCCACUACAAUGAUACGCUUGCAGUGGUCCACAACAAAUUCACCGUCAGAUGUCAAUGUCAAUUCCAGUAGCAGUGAGGCUACCACUAAAGAACCACAUGGCAUCGAACAAUCGCUUAGCAAUGCUGGUCAAAAGGAAAUGUUCACGGGCUUGGGCAACGCACAUAAUGCUGACCCAUUUCAGCAACAAAAAGGCCAACCAGCUGAAUGCUAUUGCGAACCGGACACAGGGAGCUAUGCGGAUUCAAAGGAAAUUGCUCGUGAGGCACGUCGUAAGCUAAAGGAAGAGCGUCAGCGCAAAAAGGAACGCAAGCGUAUUAAGAAGGCACGUCUGGAGAAGGAAUGUCUUUCGGAGAAAAUGAACUGUUUCUCACAUGAUAAUAUGCAUUGGCGUACGGCGCCGCUUUGGAAUGAUAGUCCUUUCUGCUUCUGUAUGAAUGCCAACAAUAAUACUUAUUCAUGUGUGCGCACUAUAAAUGCAACACACAAUUAUUUAUACUGUGAAUUCACGACUGGACUGAUAACAUUUUACAAUUUAAAAAUUGAUCCCUUUGAAACCCAAAAUCGAGCAUCAACCCUAACAAGCGAAGAGAAAUCGUAUAUGCAUGAUACUUUGGAGAAGCUGAAGGGCUGUCGAGGAAAGGGCUGUACAAUCAAACGGCAUCAGAUUCAGCAUCAUCAACAACAAAACGAAAGUGCAGUGCGCUCACUGCAAAGGGGCACCAAACGAAAACAAGGUCUUGCACAAAGCGCUUCAGGUGUCAGUUCAUUUAUUUCCAGUCGCCUAGACUAUGAUGAGCCGCUGGCCAAGCGAAGAAAACUAUCAAAGUGGUCGACGCAUACAAAUUUGAAGCGUAAACCAUGGAAACAACAACAUCACUACCAUCGGCAACAACAACAGGAGCUCUACUAUCGACAACAACAUUUGCGACACCAUAGCAGCAACGCUGAAGGCGAAGCAGAAGCCGGCACGAGCGAGGCGAUUGAUGCAAUGGAGCAAGUGAAAAGUUUGCGGCGAAAUCGUUUCCACCAAGAAGUAAAUAGUUCAACUGUGCAACAACGACAACAGCAGCAAGAGCAGCAAGAGCAAAACGAAAAGAGUUUGCUAAGUAAAAGCAACAAAAGUGAUGACUUGGAGCGAAAAUUUAUUGCAAACGAAAAAGCAACAACAUCAGCCAAUCCAGAGUUAGGGGAAGAGCAAACUUUUACCAAAGUUUUAGAUGUAAAUGAUACUAACAUGACAGCAACAGCAACAACGGUAUCAACAGUGGCGACAACAACAACCACAACCAUACUCACAGCAGCAAUAUAAAUUAUAAAAGCAAACAUGCAGCAUUUGAGCAUAUCUUUCGCAUAUCAUUAAACAACACACACCAAUAUAAUAUGUUCAUUUAUUGAAUUACUUAUGUUGUGCGCUCAAAAGCAAAUGAAGCUAUUUUAUAUUAUAUUCGCAACUCCACACUUACAUUUACAUAUGUUUAUAUAUGGAUGUAAUUACACGCCAGCGAGUCACGGCUACCGAAAUUCCAAUAUACUGAGAGAAUUUGCGCGUUAACUAACACAUACACAACGUGCAACUCAUAAAGUGUUUGCGUAAGAAAGGGAAGAACGAACCCACGUACACUAGAGUUUCUGUUAGAAUUGUCGAUUGGGCCUUAAAAAACUCAAAGAAACUUUGGCAGAAAUCUCUGGUAGCGCUGUCGGUGAUUUAACCGCUAUGUGGCUUGCAGGCUCAUAUUUGCAGACGCAAUCAAACUUACACAAAAGUGAUCAAAAUAUGCCGCAUAUAACUUUAUUAUUAUGCAUAUACAUUUAAACUAAUGCAACAUUCGCGGCUUUUUUCAUUUUUCAUGUAUACCCAGUCCUUUUUUUUUGUAUUUAAACCAAUAAAUAACAAAAAAUUUGUAAAUUUAUACAAAUAUAAAAAUAUUUAUAAUAUUCAGGCUUAUAAGCAGGCUAUUUAGAUAUUUAUUUUCGAAUAGUUAUAUAAAAGCAGUUGCGCUACACUUGAAAUAGCCAAUGCAGAAAAUUAAAGUGAUGUUAAGUGAAUAAUAAAAAUUUCAAGUAAUUAUACAAAUAAAAAUUCAUGAAUUAUAUGUGCAUGUGCAUAUACGUACGUAUAUCUGCAAAUGUAUAACUCAUAGUUUUUGUUUUCUUAAUAAGACUGUUUUAGUAGAUUAACAUUAUAACUAAGCAACAGAUAUUGCCACAAACUAAACUAAUUGUAUGUUAAAUGUUUGCAACUUAUCUGCAGAAAUACAUACAUAUGUAUUUAUAUGACUGGCUAGAUGUUUGACAUUGACUAAUCGUAUUGUUAAUGUUAAAAAUAGUAAACUUAAAAAUAUUUUAAGUUAAAAGCUAAUAAAAAGAAGCAACAAAUUUACCAAAAACAAGUUAAAUUGCAAUAUAAUAAAUAUGUUAAAAGCAUAAGCUUAUGCGCAUUUAGACACUCACUUGACACGUAACACACAAGCUUGUGCAUUUACCCGAAGAAAAUAAUUCGAUUUGAGCUUGUAAGUAACCUAGAAAAAUAAUGCAUAAAUUGUAAACUAACAACUAUAUAAUGUACAUAUAUACAAUACAUAUUUAUACAUAUAUUUCCUUUUUGAAAUUAUCGUUUAUGAAUUUUUGUAAGCUAACAUUAUGAUAAUUGUUCAUUAUUUCUGUCUUUAUCAACACAACAAAACUUGUUUUGUAAAUUGUAAAUGUUUUCUUAAAAGUUUAACGCAAUACUCUUUAAUUAUCAUCUCUAAUGCAAAAUAUAAGUCUUUAUUCUUCUUAUUCUUAUAUUCUGGUGUAGAAUUUCAAAAAAAUCGUUUUUUUUCAUAUUUUCAAAGUUUAACUAUUUAUAUAUAUAUAUA